AACAAGCACGUCUCAAGCACGUCGAAGUUACGCUCUGAGAAAUGUUUUAUGGGAGCUGUAGUCCAUUUGACAAACAGCUACCGUUUCUGUGAAGGACACAGAGACCGCUCCAAAACUACAUCUCCGCCAUUUGUAACAGGGCCGACACUGCUUGCAUCAGCGUGUGGACACCCGGCUCUGACUGGCAAAGUUUCUCCCAGCAGCUAGCUACUUGUCUUGAUUUAAAGUAAAGAUAUUGGCACCAUUAAAGCCAGUCACUAGUCCCAACGUAGCGAAGUAGCUACCAACGGCCAGAUGAAGCUCUCCGUAAGUGAAGGCAACCCGCAUUGCCUGAAGGUGUUAGCAGCUUUAGAACUGACCGGAGUUCAGUGUGACGUUCAGUAUGUCAACCACGAAGAGAGAGUGGUGCCCUGCCUUAGCCGUCCAGCUCUGCCAGCCCUGCUCCUGCCCAGUGGACAGCACCUUUUCAGCUCCAAUGCCAUCUGCCGAUACCUGUUUGAAGUAAGUGGACAAGACUCCGGUGAGCUUUGCAAUCAGUGGCUUGAAUGGGAGGCCACAGAUCUUCAGCCUGCACUGCUACAGGCCCUUCACAUGGCAGUGCUGCAGGGAAAAGGAUCAGAGGUGUCCAAGGUCCUCCUGGGGCCCCUAAACUACUUGGAGCAAAGCUUGAGCAAGGGGAACACACCAUAUUUAACCGGGGAAGCCGUUUCAGUUGCUGAUGUUGUUUUGUGGGCUGCACUGUACCCCAUUUUAUCUGAUUCUUUACUAGCAUUGGGUGAACACAAGUCUGUGAAGACUUGGUUUGACCGUGGGGCUGUUAUGCACAGUUUCCAGUCUGCUGCUCAGAAAGUGCUGCAGGGAAAAGGCCUGCAGGGCAUGAAGAGCUAUAUGCAGAGGCAGCCUGCCCCUCAGAGCAGCCAGUGCAGAGACGCACAACCAUCCAACAGCAAACCUGUUGAGGCUGAGGAAGGUGAGCGUGUGGUUUCAGAAGAGGAGAUGGAGGCAGCUGCUCUCACCUGGAGUAAAAGUUUGAACGUCUGCCCAUUGGUUACAGACAGACAACACCCCAUUUUGCCGCAAGAGGGCAAGCGAAACAUGCUUGUGACCAGCGCCUUGCCUUAUGUCAACAAUGUCCCCCACCUGGGCAACAUCAUUGGCUGUGUCCUCAGCGCUGACGUCUUCUGCAGGUACGGCCGUCUGCGAGGCUGGAACCUGCUGUUUGUGUGUGGCACAGAUGAGUAUGGCACCGCUACAGAGAACAAGGCCAGAGAGGAGGGUCUGACACCGCAGCAGAUCUGCGACAAGUAUCAUGCCAUUCAUUCCAGCAUCUACAAGUGGUUCCAGAUCGACUUCGACUUUUUUGGCAGAACUACCACCGAGAAGCAGACGGAGAUAGCCCAGAACAUUUUCUGGCGACUCCACAAGCAUGGUUUCCUAGUGGAAGACACGGUGGAGCAACUGCGCUGUGAAAAGUGCCAGCGCUUCCUUGCUGACCGCUUCGUAGAAGGCACCUGUCCCCACUGCAGCUACCCAGAAGCUCGUGGUGACCAGUGUGACAAGUGUGGGCGGCUCAUCAAUGCCGUGGAGCUCAGGGAACCUCAGUGUAAGGUCUGCAGGCAGACUCCAGUCAUCCGCUCCUCCAAACAUCUUUUCCUGGACCUGCCAAAGCUUGAGACUCAAUUGGAGCAGUGGCUUGACAAGUCAACCAGCACAGGAGACUGGACAGCAAAUGCCAAACAGAUCACUCGCUCCUGGCUGAGAGAUGGACUCAAACCUCGCUGCAUCACCAGGGACCUAAAGUGGGGAACGCCAGUACCUCAUCCUGACUUCAAAGAGAAGGUGUUCUACGUGUGGUUUGACGCCCCCAUUGGUUAUCUGUCCAUUACCGCCAACUACACCGACAAAUGGGAAAAGUGGUGGAAGAAUCCUCAUCAGGUGGAGCUUUACAACUUCAUGGCCAAAGACAAUGUGCCGUUCCACAGUGUGGUGUUUCCCUGCUCCCUACUGGGAGCUCAGGACAACUACACAAUAGUCAACCACCUUGUUGCCACUGAGUAUCUGAAUUACGAGGACACCAAGUUCUCCAAGAGCCGUGGCGUGGGUGUGUUUGGAGACAUGGCAAAGGACACAGGCAUCCCGUCUGAUGUGUGGCGGUUCUACCUCCUGUAUGUCCGUCCAGAGGGACAGGAUUCAGCCUUCUCCUGGGCUGACAUGGCUACAAAGAACAACUCUGAGCUGCUUAAUAACUUGGGCAAUUUCAUCAACAGAGCUGGCAUGUUUGUCACUAAGUUCUUUGAGGGCUGUGUGCCUGCAAUGGAGCUACAAGAGGAAGAUAAGAAGCUCCUGGCUCUUGUGGGCUGGGAGCUGCAGCAGUACAUCCAGCUCAUGGACAAAGUCAAAAUCCGUGACUCCCUGAAACACAUCCUCAACAUCUCUCGCCAUGGUAACCAGUACAUUCAGGUCAAUGAACCCUGGAAAAAGAUCAAAGGAGGAGACGCAGAAAGGCAGCGUGCGGGCACAGUGACAGGUGUGUCUGUGAAUAUCGCCUGCUUGCUGUCAGUGAUGCUGUUGCCAUACAUGCCAACGGUCAGCCAAACCAUCAGGGAUCAACUCAAUGCCCCUCAGUCUUGCAUCAGUACCAUGUUGCAAGGCACUGGCACUUUUGUGUGUGCCCUGAGUGCCGGCCACCGCAUUGGCACUGUCAGUCCAUUGUUCCAGAAACUAGAGGUGGACCAGAUCGAAGCUUUGAAGAAGAGAUUUGGUGGACAGCAGCCUGAAGAUGAACCACCUAAAAAAAAGACGACAGCUCAGGACACUGCCAGCACUCCUGCCGCUGCUCCUGCUGCUCCUGCUGCUCCUGCUGCUCCUGCUGCUGCUGAGGUGGACCCAGAAAGAGCCAAGCAGCUCACACAGGCUGUGACUGAGCAGGGGGAAAAGGUGCGAGCACUCAAAGCCCAGAAGGCAGAGAAGGCCGUGAUCACAGCUGAGGUGGCCAAACUGUUAGACCUGAAGAAACAGCUGGCUCUGGCUGAGGGGAAGAGCCCUGAGCCUGCACCUCAGAAGGGCAAGAAGAAGUGAGACAGAAAAAAAGUGAAAGCAAAAUGAUGGAGGUUAGUGGGAAGAGUAAAAUGGUUUGAGGUAUGAUAGUGGAGAAUGGGAACAAGAUGUACACUGAGAGAGAUGAGGGUAUUAGCUUAAGGCAAAGCCGUGACAGGAUCUAAGACAAUGUGGUAUUGGCACUGAGGACUAAUGCAAUGCUGGAAAGGCCGACGGGGAAAUGAAAACACACAAAGAGAGAGUCAAAUGAAUACAGCUACAGAAUGAAGGGAUUUUUCCAAAUCCCUACACCAAAAGAAACUGAUUUUAUACUCUCCCUGUGAUAAAGUCAGCAUAUGAUAUUAGCACUGGAAGGUGUGUUGCGCAUUUAAAGAUGUUUUUUUAUAUCCUCUGGAAAAUAGUUUUUUGCCAUUUGCUGCAAAUAAACUUUAUUGAUCCAAAAAACGUAUUAAGUUCAGCUAAAAAAUUUAUGUAUUCUUCCACUCACCCUUUCUCAUUUACCUCUCUUUUACACUGCUUUCUACAACAACAAAAAAAUCAUUAUACACAGGUGAUUAAACAGGCAAACCAAUAAACAUUACAUGACACAAAAAAA